AUGAAUGAACCCUCGCCUCAAUCGCAUAUUAUCCAUUCAAAGGGGAUCUUUCGAGGUCUACCUGACAUCCCCAGCCAUUUGUCGGGGCUCCGAGCCAUAGUCGUCGGAGCGAGCGGGACGUCUGGCCAGCCCAUGGUCGAUGUGUUGAGCUCAAAUUCGGAGCGAUGGGAGAAGGUCUAUGCACUGUCAAGACGGCCACCGAAAACAAAGAAAGAUUCAAACGUAGAACAUGUGCCAAUGGACCUUCUAUAUGAACCCGAUAAGAUCGUUGCUAUUCUGCGAGAAUACCGGGUUCAAGCGGAUUACAUAUUCUAUUUCGGCUAUGUUCAGCUCACAGCAGUCGAGGAGAACGACCCGAUGGGCUUGGGUGACGCCGAACAUCUGGCUGAAGUCAACGGUCGGCUCUUUGAGAAUCUUCUCUUCGCUCUCGAUCAGGCUUCCAUCACACCGAAGCGAGUUAUCCUCCAGACUGGCGGGAAGAACUACGGAGUACAUCAAGGCUUUGUAAAUGUCCCACUCAAAGAGUCCGACCCGCGAGUGGAGCUUGAGCCAAACUUCUACUAUACGCAAGAAGAUAUUCUCUCAAAAUAUGUCAAGGGUCAUCCCAAAACGAACUAUAACGUCGUCAUGCCACAGUGGAUUUUGAGCGCAGUCGCAGGGACUGACAUGACUAUCUUCUACCCAUUGGCGGUAUAUGCUGCUGUGUUACGCAAGUUAAACAAGCCAUUGCUCUUCCCUGGCGACCUUUUAUCUUGGGACAACCCCCAGCCAAUCUCUACAGGCAUUCUCAAUAGUUCAUUCUACGAGUGGUUGGUUCUUUCGCCACACACCGCUGGCGAGAGUUUCAACAUCACCAACGGGGGCGAAUUUACCUGGAGCAGAUUCUGGCCGAUCUUAGCCUCUUGGUACGGGCUGGAAUGGCAACCGCCGAGUGAGAGUGCCCAUUACGACGAGAUAGACACGGGCUUGUGUCCUCGCGGUUAUGGCCCCACGGGCAAACUUCGAUCCUCAUUCAGUAUCGUUGAGUGGGCGCGCGAACCAACUACCCAAGAAGCAUGGGUACAGCUGUCCAAGGAGCAUGGACUUGAAGCGAAUCCUUUCGGAGAUCCUGAGAAAACAUUUAACUUUUUGCAAUUCUGUUUCAGUUUAACAUGGUCUUGGUACACCAGCAUCGACAAAGCUAGGGAGUAUGGAUGGUAUGGUUAUUGUGACACUGUUGCCUCAAUGCGUCAGGUGUUUGAGGAGUUUGCGGAUAUGAAAAUGACUCCUCCAUUACCGCGUUAA